CGUCAAUCCUUAAACAAGGCGUUACUUUCCACUCGUUUGUUGCGCAAAAAUGGCAGAGAAAGACUUGAGCAGACCCCAGAUGUUUUUAUUUGGGUGUGUGCUGAAGGCUGAUAAAAAGGAGCACAAAGUCGAAGUAGACGAUGAUGAAGUUGACCACCAGUUGUCUUUGAAAGCGGUGUGCCUGGGAGCAGAAGCAGAGGAUAAGUUACAUACAGUGGAGAUAGAGGGAGUGACAUAUGAUGGCAAGACGACCAAAAUCCCUCUUGCUGUUCUAAAGCCAUCUAUUCUGCCUUCUUUAAGCUUAGGUGGGUUUGAAAUCACUCCCCCAUUCACGUUCCGUUUGCAGUCCGGAGCCGGCCCAGUCUACAUCAGUGGGCAACAUUUUGUCAGUAUGAAGGACUCUGAUGAUGAGGAAGAAGAAGAGGAGAAUAACACAUCACCUGUGAAAAGACCAUCUAACAUGUCCACUGGAAAAGUGCCACUGAAGAAACUCAAAAUGGAUUCAGACAAUGAUGAUGAGGAUGAUGAUAGUGAAGAUGAAGAGGAUGAUGAUAGCGAUGAACACGAUGACGACGAAAAGCCAGUGGCACCAAACCCCAUCAAACCCUCACUGAAAGCCCCAGAAAAAAAGAAGAGUGCAGACAAACAGAAUGGCUCACCAGGGAAAAAAGAUGACAAACCAGGGAAGCCUCAGAACCCGGUUACAAUAAAGGGGAAAGACAAGACUGGAGCAGGACUUUCUGGGAAAACUCCCAGCAAGCUCAGCAUAAGUGAGGUCAAGAACAGAUUAGCAACCGCUGCUAAAGAGGGCAAGCCAUUUCCAAAAACGGAACAGAAAUUUGAGAAUUACGCCAAGAACGCUUUCAAGAUCUCUGAUAAACAAGUGAUCAAAGACCUUUGGAACUUUGUACAAACACUGAAAAAGUAAUGGCAGCUUUUGCGACUCGCCCCCCCCUUUUGCGUCCCCCCAUGUACCAGAGGACUAUCCAGUGAUGGCCUUCAGCUGUGAAUUCUGGCUUCUCCCACUCUAAUGGAAACCGUCCACUUUCCUCUGUGUGUAAUGAGACUUUCAAAAUAGAGAGACACUGAGUAGUUAAAGAGAGCUCAUUACCUUGUGUUAUUCUAACGAACCCUUCCAAUGUGUUGUGGAUGUGUCGGACAUAGGAUUUCUAUCAAUGGCGGUAAAUAUUGUAUGACAGCUAUGAAGUAGCUAGGGUAAUUUGUGUUGAAAUACAUCUUUGGGGUUAAUUGCAGUAUAAACACCAAUUUAGGAAUUGGAAGAAUAUUUCUGAAGGAGUCUUCCAGUAUAUCUGAGCAGGUUAGCCUUUUGCUACAGACAGCUUUUCUUGGAAUAGUUUGGAAAUGACCAUCAUUUGCUGUAAAUAGUGCUAUUCAUUUUAAUGUAAAAACAUGGCAACUGAAAUAUAGCUGAAGAUUGCGUCUGCUUCUGAGUAUUCCGUCUGGCCCAAAAUGUUCCAUCUGACUGAGGAUUCCAUCUGGCUCACAGUAAGCCUUGUAGCCCCGAAAAUCCUGUCUGGCUGAGCUUCUAUAGCUCUCUGUAAGGUGGAAAUCUUGGUGAGCCAAGGUAUCUUUGCCUAGGUACUGUAAUCAGAUAAAGUGAUCUUUUAAGGGUUUUUAGCAGUCUGUUGCCAGAAAAUGACAGCAAAAAAAUAUUCAUUGGCUUAAAUUGUGAAACGAUUCCACAGAUGCAUUCCAGUUCGUUUAGUGCUUUGAAUUCCAGAGGCAAUGCUAACGUGCAUUAUCUUUUCAGCAUUUUUCUAGUAUUUCAUUUUAUUAAUGCACUCCUGAAUUUGUCUUUUGUUUUACUCCUGUAAUAUUUUAAGUAGGAUUACUUAAUCCUUUACAUCUUCUAAUUGUGUUUAAUGUUGUACUUACUCAUUUAGGUUUCAGAGUUGGUUUUAACCCAGAAUGUUUUAAUGGUUAACAUGGAUAGGGGGGAAAAUAAUCUGCUUGUUACUUAUGUGUCAAAUAUACUAUAAGGCCAAAAGUUUGUGGACAUCUUUACCAGCACACACGUGUGAGUCUUGUGUCCCUAAACUGUGGCAGCAAAAUUGGAAGCACACAAUUGUACAGGAUGUCUCUAUAUACUGUUUUAUACUGAAUUAAGAUCCUUCAAUGGAACUAAGAGGUCCAAACAUGUUCUAUCAUUGCAAUACCCAUGUGCACAGAGAAAGCUCCAUGAAGACAUGUUUUGACAAGGUUGGUGUGUCCUGCACAAUUCCCUGACCUCAACGCCACUGAACACCUAUGAAAUAAAAUGGAAUCUUCAGCGCAUAAACUCACUAAUAUUCUUGUUGCUGAAUGGGGAAAUCCCCGAAAACACACUCCACAAUUCACUGGUAAGCAUUUUGAGAAGUUAUUAUAGCAGUAAAAGUGGAACUAAAUCUGGAGUACAACGUUCAAAAUAAACACGUGAAAGUGAUGGUCCGGUGUCCAAAAACCUUUGGCCAUGCAGUGUACUUUAGACCUUGAACUAUGGUAUUUCUAAUACAUUUGUGUAGUUGCUUUUAAAACUAACCCAACAAUGCCACAUUUCAUCAUCUAUACAUAUUUUAGCAACAGAUUCCAUAUAGUUUUACAGCUGGAAUCCAGGUUCCCAUUGGCCAGUAAACUGUCACUAUCUCUGAUCCGUCCAAACAAAUUACAUCGCUAUAAAACCAGGCUGUCGAAUCAUCUACAUUAGUCAUUAGCCCUGUUUUUCAUGUGAGAUACUUUAUACUUGAGAGUGUUUAAAAAAAACUAUUUUGCAGUUUGACUCAUCCAUGCUUUUUGUAUUCACAUGUUUCAAUGGCAAAAAGGAAUAAAGUAAACUGCCCCAGA